AUGGCCAAGCCUGUACAGGACAAUAACGAGGCCUUGAAUGUGCUCAUGGCGGCUAUCGGAGAUGCUGGUCACGAGGACAAUGUCACGACGGUUGGUCGGCCCUACAGCAAGUUCGAAGCUGAUUGUGGUGGCCAGGUCCAAAUAGUCGGCGAUCAUCUGCUUGUCACCAACCCUAAGCGCGUCAAGGAGGCCAUUGACGAGAAGGCAUGCAAUGCUCUCCUGUCGAAAGUCGAUCAGAUCGGUUCGGUUACUGAGGCUAUUGAGGCCAGCAAUAUGGCAGCGGCCCAAGGAUGGGGAGUAUUGGGUACUGGCGAGAUCAAGACUGGAGCUUCGUGCCGUUGUGAAAGACUGGCCAAGUAUAACCAGCCCAUGCGCAUCGAGGAAGAGCUUGUCGCGGCAGCUGUUUAUGCUGGGAAGAACUUCCGUAAGGCUGCACAGUAG